AUGCAUCUUCCCUCCUUAGGGUCCCAGAUCUUGAUAGUCUUAUCGUGGGACCCAGAGUAUAGCAGGUUGGUUCCGCCCCAUCUUAUACACGAGACAGACGAAGCGUGUCCAGAGAGCGUCAUUUCGCAGCGUUGCAAGGCAGUGUUCCAAAUACGAACGGUUCCGUCUUUCGAUGCAGACGCCAAACGAGGAGAGUCGCCCGGAGAAACCAAAUGCGCAGGUUCCCAGGCCAAGGAAGAAACAAACUUGGAGUGGCCAGAAAGAGUUCCGAUCUGCGAGCCGGAUUUCCCUUCCCAAAGACGAACACUGCCAUCCAUCGAUCCAGUGGCAACAACAUCACCGAACGGAGAGUACGAAACACAUAAUACCCAGUUCGAAUGGCCGCUCAAAGUCGUCUUGAUGGUCUGGGUGUUGCAAUCCCAGAGUCGGGCAGUGGAAUCGCCUGCUCCCGUGACGAAAUAG